AUGUCUCAAGUUCAGCAGAUUCAGUCAAAGGGCAUCUUUCAUGGAUUACCCACCUUCUCCGAAGACGUCAUCGGACUCACAGCUAUUGUUGCUGGUGCGAAUGGUAUUUCUGGUAGCCACUUGAUGCGUGUUCUCUGCGAGUCACCAAAGAGAUGGACCAAGAUCUACGCUCUUUGCCGUAGACCUCCCCCUGGAGACUGGCCCGCACAGGUUGAGCAUGUCUCGAUCGAUCUUCUCCAAGACCCUGAGGCUGUUGGCGCUCAAAUGAAGGAGCGUGGUGUGAAGGCUGACUAUGCAUUCUUCUUCGCCUACAUUCAAGCGAAGCCCGAAGGUGAAGGAUCCAUUUGGAGUGCCGCUGACGAGCUCGUCCGUAUCAACACUCUCCUGCUUAACAACUUCCUGGAAGGAUUGGCUUUGACAAAGGCUCUGCCUAAGCGUAUUCUCCUCCAGUUGGGCGCCAAGUACUAUGGUGUUCACUUGGGUCCUGCUGCAGUCCCACAAGAAGAGACAGACCCACGGGUGCUGCUUGAACCCAACUUUUACUACACUCAGGAGGAUUGCCUUCGCGCCUUCUGCACCAAGCACAACAUUCCCUGGAACGUCACUCGUCCAUCCUGGAUUCCAGGUGCUGCAGCCGAUGCAGCCAUGAAUAUUUGUCUCCCUAUCGCCAUUUAUGCCACCAUCCAGAAGCAUUUGGGCAAGUCAUUGGACUACCCAUCUGAUCUGGCCGCUUGGGAAGCCAACCAGACUAUGUCCAGCGCCCAGCUAAACUCAUACAUUACAGAGUGGGUCGUCCUCACAAAUGGAACUGAGAACGAACACUUCAAUGCAGGUGACGACUGUCCUUUCACCUGGGGCAAGUUCUGGCCCAAGCUUGCUGCUCUUUACGGUCUUGAAUGGACCGGUCCCAACAACGACUCAGAAUAUACCGAGACUCAAACCCCAUACAACCCACCCCCUCGUGGCUUCGGUCCUCCUGGCACGGUGCGCACUCGAUUCACUCUAACCGAGUGGGCCAAGCAACAGUACGUUCAAGAUGCUUGGGCGGAGAUUGCUGAGAAGAAUAGACUGGUCAACAAGGACUUGGGAGAUGUUGAGCGUAUCUUUGGUUUCUUGGAUGCUGCCAUUUCGUGGCCAUACCCUAUUCACUUCAGUGCCACAAAAGCGAAGAAGCUCGGGUUCUUCGGUUUCGUUGACAGCACAGAGUCUAUGUUCAAGGUCUUUGAGGAGUUUGCUGAUAUGAAGAUGCUUCCCAAGCUGCCUUAA